AUGGUUACGGAAGGAAGAGUCAUGGAAGAAGAAUUAUGGGUGCUUUACAUAAAACUUUCCUUUACUGCAAAGGAGUCAGCAGGGGUAGUGGUUGAAACAGGUCGGCUCGAGGAUGUUAGAGCUCAAGGUGAGAAAUCUUUGAUGGUUAGGCUCCUCACGGAACGAUAUUUUAAUCGGGAGGCAUUUAAACAGACGAUGCAGCGGAUUUGGAGACCAACGAAAAGUGUUAAGUUCCGUGACCUAACUUUGGGCAUGAUGUUGGUGGAAUUUGAUGACCCUAGAGAUAAGAUACGAGUUCUUCACGGUGGCCCUUGGACUUUUAACAAAAAACUGGUGCUAACCAUGAAGUUUGAGGGACAUUUGCAGGUGCAUGAAGUUUCCAUGACAAUAGCAGACUUUUGCGUUAGAAUCCAUGAUUUACCACUGAUUGCAUGUAACGAAUACGUUGGUAAAUUGAUUGGGGAUACAUUGGUUAAGGUUAUUGAGGUGGAUGUAGACUAUGAUGAUUUAGCCUGGGGGGAGUAUAUGAGAGUUCGGCUAGCCUUGGACAUCACGAAGCCCCUGUUACGGCGGAAGAAGAUAAGCCUGGGUGACCACAGAAAAUGUUGGGUUCGGUUUACUUAUGAGAGGUUGUCGGAUUUCUGCUACCAAUGUGGACGGCUGGGGCACUCUCACCGUGAGUGUGACAUAUGGAAGUCUCGGAGUAUAGAUUCUGAAGGUGAUUGCCUUCCCUAUGGGCAAUGGCUGAGGGUGGCGCCAUCAGCCGGAUGGGGAGCCAACAACCAUCAGCACGGACAGAAGGAUAGUGCCACUAGGAAGCAUCCACCCCCAAGUCCUGCAGCACUCUCCAAGGGGCACACUCAAAAUUCGCAGGAGGAAUAA